GCAGUCAAACAUGGCCGACAAAGAAAACACAAAUAUGGAAGUCGAUAAAGGAAGAAAUAAUUCUCCAGCUGACCAAGUGAAGCCACUCGUUGACGAACUAACCCAAAGAAUAGGCGACCAGAACAAUGCACAGCGCAAGGAGGACGUGGCGGAGAGUCGCGCCACGGCGGAGUACUGCGAGAAGCUGCAGGCAUGGAUGUGGCAGUACUACAGUGGAUAUGUCAACUGGCAGAGCUGGCUGGCAGCGUCGGCCAUGAGCUGUCCGUAUUAUCUACAGCCGUCCAGCGGGACGCCGACAGCCGCCGACCUCCAGUCCCAGAGCUGGAUCAAUCUCACCUUGUCGCCUUACCCACCUGCGGCCGUCAGCUCGCCGAGCAGCCGAGCAGGUGAAGCCGCCGGCGGGGCGGCCGUGGCCGCUCAGCCGCAGCAACAACAGCCGCAGGAGAAUGGAAAUGCUCCGAGACCCGGUCGGGAGUAUAGCAUUCCUUCACCUCUCCAAAGACUAAUGGCCGAGAUGGUGGAUUUCUUCAUAUUGUUUUUCAUCAAAGCAACUAUAAUUAUCAGUAUUAUGCACCUCAGUGGAAUCAAAGACGUUUCCAAGUUCGCCAUGCAUUUUAUAGUGGAGGAAAUAGAUGAGGACACGUCUAUGGAGGAGCUGCAAAAAAUGAUGCUGGUUGCCCUCGUGUAUCGAAUAUUGGUGUGUUUCUAUGAGAUUGUGUGUAUUUGGGGAGCAGGAGGAGCCACUCCAGGGAAGUUUCUCAUUGGACUCAGAGUGGUUACGUGCGACUCGUCUGUUUUGGUUCAUCCAAACAGGGUUCUGGUAGUGCCAGCAACUAAUGUUUCUCUGUCUGCAUCAACUGUCCGGGCCUUGAACAAGAACUUUUCCAUUGCCUUCUUCUUCCCAGCUUUCAUCACGCUUCUGUUUUUCCAGCACAACAGGACUGUGUAUGAUAUGGUAGCUGGCACCAUUGUUGUCAAGCGAUCCAGGGCCAGAUGAUGAAAGAGGCCACUGAAGGGAGGCUCAAAACAAGGCACAGAGCAAAGAGAUUAAAAAAAAAAAAAAAAACAACAACCCUGCAGGACUUGAACGUCGCCUUUUCAAAGUUUUGUCAAAACACAAGAGAAAGACAUUAGUAUGAGCGACUUCAGUUCACUUCAAGUUGGGUUUGGUUUUUGACACGCACACUGUAUUUCUGCAUGUAAAUCUACAUGCUGCACUCUGAACCGCUCCUGAACCAAUGUCUGUUUCCAACACGGGAGAAACGAUGGUAUAUGCUACAUAAACAUUGCCUCUUUUUUUGAAAUCUCUCACAGAUUUAGGGUGAAAUGUCCCACGUCAGUCAGUAUUUAAACUGUUAACCAUUCAUUUAUGAGAUUAUACCUUCAGUAUGUCUUUGUAUGAAAUCUUUUUAUUGUCAGAUUUUGCUGUUGACUGAUCUUUGUGACACACGUGGCUCAGCUCACUCCCCUGAAGUCCUCUGAUUUACAGGAACACUCAGAUGUCCUGAAGGACAAGAUACGUCAAUUUUUGCUACGAUUGCUCCUCCUUUACACAGCCAGCAUGUGUGUGAUUGAAGGGUUGCUGUAUUUACACACUUAAUGUGAUUGUUUUCUGCAUUUGCAAGAUUAAAUCAAACCACCACUAAUUCA